AAGCAUUAUUGCAUUAAGUAUUCAAGUACACCGAGAAGUCUAAGAUAAUUGAAAGAGACAGAUUAUUCACGGAGUAGUUUGCAUCUCUUUUCGGAGUUUGAAAAUUUGCUCUAGGUAGCACGCUAGCAACGAUAGGUUGAAAAGAUUGAUAAUUAACGGCGAGAACAGCUAAUGAAUUUCGAAUGCAAGCAUGUAAUGUACCAUGCUGAGAAUCAGCGAUUCGUGGCAAAUCGAGUAGCGUAAAAUAACAUUCCAAACUCUCCAAGAUGGCUUAAUAGGAGAUUUAAACAAGAGGUUUGUCUCGUUCGAGGAACAGCUCGUGGUAAUUUGCGUGCAUAAAAGCUUUGAAGGCUCCAUCUAAUCUGUGAAUGGAGGUACGACGGUGGAACCAGAGCUGCAGGUGCGUAACGAGAUGAAAGCACGAGAUGAGCGAGGAAACUGAAGAAGGAGUCCGGCUCUCCCGCAGAGAACGUUCCUUUCAGGUCCUCUUGUUACGUCGGUGGCGUCAGGUAACCAUAGCAAAAUUGGAGCCAUCGACCGCAGCUCGAUCGUAACCGCUGCUAAUUGGCGUCGUUAACAUUGCUUCCAUAUUACCGAAGCAUUUGACGUCGCGUUGCCUACAAUUCCGUGUUUCCUUUAAUAUCCAGAUCGGGAUUCCGCUCGUUAACAUUGAUAAUUAAAUUACUGGUGCUUUUUUAUAUUUUCCUCUCGACGUCUUUGAUAUUGGAAAAACUGCGAGAGCACAAAUAUAUGUAUAAAUAUCGCACGUUUUGCGAAUAACAUAAUAAGGAUAUUAAAGUUGGGUGGAAAUGAGAAAAGUUUCACCGGAAUUCCCGCGUGGGACUUCGAUAGCCGGAAUAUGACGAAGAACUUUCGUCCACCGCGACAUGUUCACAAGUGGUACGAAUGGCAGUCUCGGGUAGUUUCGAAUUGCCACCACUUCCACUCGGUAGUGGAAACUGUUUAACCUGAUAAUACAAACGACAGAGCUUUAUCGUCAUUACGAAAAUUACUUGGCCCAGUAUCAAGUUUAUUGUUUACGCCAGUGCACCGAUGGCGAAGCACUCAGUGGUCGUUGAUGUGAUGUUUGAUUAAUUAUGCUCAUUAGUUGAAACAUAAACACGAAACAUGCAAUCAAUUAAGAUUUCUCGUAACCAGAAUCUCAGAAAAUGUCAAAGGAUGUAACUGUUUUCGGAAAGUCCGGGCAUUUUUACGCCUCGCGAUCGGUCUUGCGAUUGCUUUAAUACAGCUCUCUUUCAUUGUCGUAAAAUCGAUACAUCGACCGAGGAGAUUCAUAUUUCCGUGAGGUUCAACGAGCUACCAGUGGUCGUUAAUUUUAGAACCUAGAAGGACCACCGUCUUUUAUGCGUCUGCACAUGCCAGGAUCUUCGAACGAUCUUCACCAGAACAUCAGCCUUCGAUUUUAUAGCUUUCGUAUAGGGGCUCGAAUGAAUUCGUGAACGAGAAACGUGCCCUCCUGCGUAUUCGGUUCUCGUCGUGCUUCACGCUUCUCGAUGUUCCUCUUGCGACUGCUCUUGUGACGCUAUUAAAAUUUUCUGCGCUCCUGUACAUCGUGAAUCGAGAUACGCCGUCAUCAGCGACGAUCAAACUGUCGUCAGGCUGACGCCUCGAUUCGACGAAGAAAUUGAUGAUGCAGUCGCUGCAUGCGCCAGCAUUUCCUCGACGCAUUCCAGUAGGAUGCUGCACCUAACGCGAAUUCCAAUCUUUCAUCAUCUAGACUAUCAAAUCCACAUUGUCGUUCCGUACAUCGUGCAUACUGCACAAGACUAACUAUUAUCGCAAGCACCGACACUGGCGCCGUUUGCAUAAGCAAAUUGCAGUUUUAUUGAAAGAAGGCGAGAUUCAUUGAUGUACCCGUGACGCUAGUGUUAAUUAAGAUAUAAACGGCUGCAUCCGGAAGAUACGAGAUGUAACAUAACAACAUGAAGCCUUGAUCACUCUAAGACUUUCUCUGGAGCGCGCUACGCAUCGAUAACAGCUAACACCGUCCUCUAAUUGCACUCAUAAAUAAUCGUUCUUGUCUCUUCAGCUUGUCUCUUCUUUACGUAAUGAUACUACCAUGGGAAAAUAAGGAGUAUGUCCUUUUACAUGAGCCGCGAGACGAUCGCGUUAGCUGCGCCUUAUUCUAACGAUGCAUUGUUCCACCUUGCAUUAUGCAAUCGAAAUAGUUUAUUACGAUUGUACGUGAGAAUAUGUGAGAAUACUAUCUAUCGUUCGAUCGCGUUCUUUAGCGAAUUAAACAGAAAAUUGAGUCACUCGAUUAUAUUUCCAAUGAUGUUUCAUCGUGCUUACUUAAUGCGAUGCACAAAGUGAUUGCGUAUACGUUGAGAUUGUUCAAAUAUCUCUCGCGUCUGCAGCCCAAUCUCUAAUUCUUUCAUCAUCGUAAAUUCAAUUUGGCUACAUUUUAUUAUCACUUUGGUCUUUUCGCGUAAGCAAUAAUUUACGAUAGCCUUGACACUCGAUAGCGAAUCUCUCGACGCGUGUCACGUAAUCGGAAUUCGGGCCGGCUGGUUUAAGUCGCCCGAACCGGAUUUACGUCGCUACACAGGUACGUACGAUCGAAGAAUCAUCGUUUUCGUUAAUCAGAAUUGCGAUGCAGAGUCCAGAAAGUCGCGUGCGUUUCAAAACACGCACCGUCUCUCUCGAACUCUCCUUGGUAAUUCUCUCGUCUGGUCGCCUUCACGCGUAUCUCUUCAUCUUGAGAAACUGCUGUAAUUCCGGAUUAAGCACGAUGAACUCUCAACGGCUCUCUUCGGUGGCAAGCGCGAAUGUUCUUUUAAUUCGAGAGGCGCGAUUUGCAGAUGCGACUCGUACUUUCGAUAUUCCCGGAUACGCGAUCUGUAAUUUCGUUAUUUACCCCGAGGAGAAAUUUUAUCGUAAAGUAUCGACCCAAGAUUGUGGCACGGUUUCUAAGAUCAUCGUACGAUCGUUGUUCCGGUUCUCUAUCUCCCGAAACCCGGAGGUUGACGCACAAAGCCUGACUCUGGUGGUCUCGAUUCCUCCGGCGAUUUCAGAGGGACACCGUAGGCGACCGAUGGAAAAAUUCUUACGGCGCGAUGUCUCCGCCAGUAUCACCGUUUGAUAUGCUCCAUAUCCAGGGUCGUGCCGAUAAUCGGUCAAUAUAUAAGCGAACCUCGGAGGCAGACACUACGAGCGCACAACUUAUUAUUCUAGAGGUAGUAAAUGUAUCUUCGAUCGAGGCGUAUCUAAAUUGCGUUCAUACGAGAAAAUAUUUUUACUCCCUCACCUCCUACGGAGAAUAUGUAAAUAGCCGUACGAUAAAUAAUGCGGCAAAUAUGAAUACACAAGUGUAAAUUUCUCUAUAAAUUCUUGCUGCCGAUUGAUGUCGAAUAAACAAAGAAACACGAUCGUGCCGAAUUUGUGCACGAGCUAAUAGAAAAGUCACAAAUCGAUGCUUGCUUCUCUGCUGCGCGGGAAUCAGAACAAAUCCCGACAAAAACACGUUGCAGCUCCGCACGUGAGCUGCGGAUCGAUUAAACCGCGCAUGAUUUUUGAUAUCCUAUCGUCUGCUUGACGGCUGUUGCCUCAGAAUUAUCUCGAAGCGUAACCACGUAGGGAGGAGGAUCGAAUCGUAUCAAGUCUAAUAAAAAAUAUCAGCAGUAACAAUAUCCAUGCAUUGUUCGGCGAGCGUUCAUGCCAAGAUGAAAGAUGAAUAGAGAAUUAAGACCUACCCACUCGAAGGGUAGGUCUUGCCGCGUAAUCGCGCUGAUGAUCGCAAACUCUCGCGCUCGGACCAGGACAACAUCGACGUAACCCAAGUUCGCGGAUCGCGUUCACCAUGCUGACCGCAUUUAACAAACUCGCCGCGGCCCCAAGCAGUCUGCGAUCAGCGUCGCGUAGCACGAUACUAGAAUCGCUACGCAUCGUGGACGCACGGCAAUGUCCAUGAGAAUUUUCAAUGCGUCCCACGCGUCGUGCACGAACACACACUCUACGAGGAAAAAGAGAGUCGAGAGAGGAGAAUGGCAGAUUGUCCGUUUCGCUGAAGCGAGGCGAUCAGUUGGUGCUCGACCGCGAGUAUGCACGCACGUCGCAUGCACGCACGCAGUUACGCGUAAUCCUGGACGAAAGUGAGGGAUGACGUGAUGCACGUCCAUGGGGGUGUUUUUGGUCAUUCAAGCGGCGAGCCAAAGUGUCGGGGGAUGCAUAUUUCAUUUUCGAGAGUGGCCUCUGGACGCACUAGAACAGAACCGACAUCACGUCCGAUCCGCAACGCGUUUCGAUCGUGUUCGGGCAAGAUGCCAGUGUAAUUUAGGAUAGUUUAUCAAUGCGAGAAACAAAAAGGAGAAGACCGUAAAUUGUAGAAAUGAUCGGUGAUAUCUGAUGUUGCUACAAAAGUAUCGAAAAUUUCAUUUGAAGGAAGAAAAUUAAUCCGGUCCGAUAAAGUCACACGCGUCUCGGUAUUAAUCGAGUUGCAAAAAUGCACUCCUCCUUUUUUUAAAUGGAAAAAAGGAAUGGAUCUUUCUUUUUUCCUUUCUUUACAUGUCAGCAUGAAAGCAUAACGUGGAAAGCCGUGAUAAACUUGAAUAAAGUGUCACCGCAAGAUACGUUUUGGAUUUUUGUUCCGUUACGGUUAGCGACCGGUCGCUAUCAUGACUUGUUCGAUCCUGGUUUUUUCUUGUAUCUUUCCAUUUUCCUACUCGUCUUACCGUGAAUAUCCGUGAGCACGGGGACACGUGAUUCCUUCGUGGACGAGAAAUCGUGUUACGGAGAAAUAUCAGAUUAUGUGUAUAAUUGACAGGAGGAUAGAUCGCCGAGAUAGUAGGAUAUUUAAACCGACACGGAUCAAUACUCUGUUAUUUUGAAAAAUAGACCAGCUUUCAAUUGUACGUGUUUCCCCGCGAGAUAAAAAUAAUUUAUCGACAGAUAGCGGGUAACUGUGGGCAAAUUAGAUGAUCGAAUUUCGGAAUGGUAAUUAGCGAGUAAAUCGAGCUGAAGCUGAAAAGGUCGACGCGCUGAUGGAACGAGAACUAUGAUAUCGUGCAGUUUUCAAAAGUGUAUGUCGUGUGUUAACGAACAUGACUGAAUUAGACCGAGGAAACGAGGACUUUAAUUAAAAAGCAAAAAAGGUGGAACAUCGUCGUUACACGUAGCUGAGAUGGUGUUGGACUAAUUGUGCGGAAACGUUCCACGCGAACAUCCGGAAAAUGUUGGAGCUGGUAGAACGCAAAGCCAACGGGAUCUCGUGGCCUACGUGCCGUGCUCAAAAUCUCGAUACCUUCGGGAAGAAUCCCAAGGGAGGCGUGCUCCUGAGACACAUGGAGAAGGGUUGUACGCGCGAGAAACGAUGGAGGAGAGACAGCAAGGGUUUGCUUUGUUCUCUGGGCCAGCUGGGCUGCAGCGAUUCUUACAGUCCGGACACACUGGGAACGUGGAAGUUUCAUAAGGUGUCUCGUGCAAGUCAUGAGGGGAUGAGCACUGGAACAGGAGAUGGAGGUGGAGGUGGCGUCGGAAGUGUCCAGAGCAGCGGCGGUGGUAGAAACACCCCGCCGCAUGGCUCACCCACCCCCAUGGAUAAGGCGACCUUAAAAGUCCAUCUUCCAAACGGUGGCUUCAACGUCGUUAAAUUCGGUGAUGCGAUCGAUGUUAGAGGUAUCAUCUCGCUGGUAACUAGUCGAUUAGCCGUUGGUACUAGACACUACCGAAAUCUGUACGCGAUGAGGCUGCAUCAUCCCGGAUCCGGAGAAAGUUAUUGGUUGCAUCAGGAUACAACGAUGUAUCAGGUUCAAGAAAAGUACGAGCGAAAGCAUCCGCACUGCGAGUGGAGGUACGAGCUCCGAGUGCGUUAUCUGCCUCAAAACUUAAACGAUCUCUACGAGAAGGAUAAAGUCACGUUUUAUUACUAUUACGACCAGGUGCGAAACGACUACUUACUUGCGAAUCAUGCCGCUCUGGAUCAGGACGUUGCGGUUCAGCUCUGCUGUCUGGAGAUUCGUUAUUUCUUCAAGGACAUGCCGCAAAUCGCUCUCGACAAGAAGAGCAAUCUGGAAUACCUGGAGCGUGAGGUCGGCCUGCACAAAUUCCUGCCACGCUCCGUACUGAAUGGGAUGAAGCCGAAGGCGCUCCGAAAAUUAAUACAGCAGCACUUUAAGAAAGUCGCGGCACUGUCCGAGCUCGAAUGCAUGUUCAAAUUCUUCGAUCUGUUACGGGCGCACUAUCGAUUCGAUCAGGAAAGGUUUAUAUGUGCUUUAGGAUCAAGCUGGUCAAUACCCGUAGAAUUAGUCAUCGGACCGGAUUUGGGUAUAUCUUACAUGGCUCACCGAGGCGGAACAGUGCCGACUAGGAUGGCGGAAUUCUCCCAGAUACAAUCCAUUCAGACGUUGGUUUCGGAUUGCAAGGAACAUGCGAAAGCGUGCAUCAAGUUAAGAGUCGCCGGUGCCGCGGAGACUCUCAGCAUCACUUGCUCCAGUCUAGAUCAAGCGGAGAGUCUCGCAGAUCUGAUUGAUGGAUAUUGUAGAUUAGUUACAGGCAGCAACACUUCACUGUGGAAUAGGAAAGCUGGAUCCUGGAAGAAUUAUCCCUGUCCAUGCAAAGAUGCACAACCGCCAAAGUCCAGACAAGAUGGUACUAGCAGUCCCGAGAAAAGCGCAGGUAAAACCGGAACUAUCUUGUCCGAAGAUUACGCGGAAAUUGUCGACGAAGAAGGAGACUACUCAACACCAGCUACUCGAGACUACGAGAUAGUCCGAAAUCAAGUGGAGCUAGGUGAAAUUAUAGGAGAGGGCCAAUUUGGUAACGUCCAUAAGGGAUCAUACAAAGGAAGAGACGGUCAAACUGUUGCCGUUGCAGUGAAAACCUGCAAGGUUGAUGCGGACCUCGCCACUGCCGAAAAGUUCCUCGAAGAAGCCUACAUUAUGCAACAAUUUGAGCAUCCACACAUUAUCAGACUGAUCGGAGUCUGUUCGGAGGCGCCAAUUUGGCUUGUAAUGGAACUAGCCAGACUCGGAGAAAUGCGCGCUUAUCUGCAAUCUAAUAAGCAUCGUCUGGAUCUUGCUACACUUUUAUUGUAUACCUUCCAAUUGAGCACUGCCCUAUCGUACCUCGAAAGCAAAAAAUUUGUACACAGAGAUAUCGCAGCGAGAAACGUGCUAGUUUCGUCGCAUGGUUGCGUCAAGUUAGCCGACUUUGGCCUUAGUAGAUGGGUGGAAGAUCAAAGUUAUUAUACCGCGAGUAAAUGUAAACUGCCAAUUAAAUGGAUGGCACCGGAAAGCAUAAACUUUCGAAGAUUUACGACUUCGUCCGAUGUUUGGAUGUUUGGUGUAUGUAUGUGGGAGAUUUUAAUGUUAGGCGUAAAACCAUUCCAAGGCGUAAAAAAUAACGAAGUGAUACGUAAGCUAGAGAACGGAGAGAGGCUCGCGCUUCCUAAUCACUGCCCCCCACGAUUGUACUCUUUAAUGUCUCAAUGUUGGAGCUACGAACCCAGCAAGAGACCAACAUUUAAAGAAAUUAGAGAAACUUUACACGAAAUCUUAUUGGAAGAGAAACAUCAGCAGCAAGAAACGAUGAGAAGAGAAAAUAGGAGGGUACAAGCCAUGUCUUGGGCAGGUGCAGAUGAUGUGCCGCCACCGAAACCCUCUCGACAACCGCAAAACACGACGGAGCAAUCGCAGCUGAACGUGUCUGCAGCGCCAGUGUCCACGUACAUCGUCGCGCAGAGUCCCGAAGUUCUCGCGCAACUUCUCAAGGACAACCAGGCCAGAGGGGUAUGUCCCUCCGUGUACACGACACCCGCGUCCCCCUUCAAUACUCUGGCGGUGCAGUUUCAGGACGAGGAUCAAAUCCUGACCACUGCCCUUGUGCCCGACUUACCCUUCUUCGAUCCCGCGCUCUCCGAACCGCCGUCCAUCACUACGCACGAUACCACUCAAUCGGGCGGCGACUCCACUUUGUCCGACACCAAUCUCGACUCCCUCGACUCCUCGGAUAAUACUCCCCUCAUGUCGAGCCUGAGCAUUUCAGACACGGCAGUGCAGACGCAGUCGCCCGCCGCCAACCGAAAGCAGCAGAAGGUUAAAGAGAUGCAAAACUUGUAUGCAGUUAGCUCAAAGGUGGUCGGUAGCAUUACGGGGGACCUGUACUCCCCCGUGCAGAAAUUCUCCGCGUCCAGCGCCGUGUCGCUACCACCUGCGACCGCGUCCGUCGCGGUCGCGGGCAACACCUGCGGUGAGAUAUACGGACCGGUCGCUAGCUUCACUCAGAGCUCAGCUAUCGUGGGUAAUCUCAGUCAGAGCGCUAGCGUAGGUGGUAAUUACGGUGAGAAUCCCGGGAACUUCGGUCCCAGUAGUUUGGGCAGCAGUAUUAUCAUGCCGAAUUGUAGUCAGGCGCAGUUCGCCACGAGUGGCCCGCAUGCUCAAAGCCAGCCGAUUAAUUACGGUAACUUCGUGGUUAGUAACAAUACGAGUCAGGUAUUCGGUGGUGGUCAAUCUACCAGUCAGAAUGCAAGCAGCGUGCAGAGCGCUAGCGGUAGUAAUGGUGGUGGUGGUGGUGGCGGCGUUAUUUAUCCUCGCAACAUUAGCUCGGCAAACAUGAUUAGUUCCGCAUCGAGUGCGGAGUGUUUGUACGGCCCGGUUCUCAAGUUCCGCGCGCAAAACGCCCAACUUCAGCCGGCCACGGCCGAGUUGAAGCCUGCUGGGACAACAGCUGGAAAUUACGGCCAAGCCGGAAGGACCAACCUGAUAGCACAGAAUCUAAAGUCGCAGUCAUUGUAUCCGCAAAACUAUCCGCAUCAGCAGAUCUACUCGAACAUUGCUCAGCCGGGACAGCAAGCCAUGUAUUUACCGCAAAUGCAGAACGUAGCGCGGCAGAACGCAAUCCCGCAGGCGGUAUCCUACGCGGCGAUACAGCACACGAAUCAGCAAUCUCAACUGAGCGGCGCCAAUCCAAUUUACACGGCUCACGCUACGUCCGUGUCGGUAGUUCAGGCGCAGAAAGUGCAUGUUCCGAAUUAUACUCAGCAAGCGCAGCCUGGAAUCAGCAGUCAGCCAGCGACUUCGCAGAUAAUCGGCAUGAAUCAGUCAGUUGGUGUCGGGAUAACGCAAGCUUCCGUUCCAUCACACUUCAUCAUGUCGUCCUCCGCGAUUCAACAGAACAUCCAUCCAAUUCCAUCCAGCUAUAUGGUGGAGCAACCGAGUUCGCUCGGACCGAUAGAUCACGCUCAAUGCUCGAUGCAUGCUAGUGUCGAUGGCAUGAUGACCAGUACCGUCGGUGCGCAUCAGCAACAAGUAACGCAGCCUCAAAUGGCCAGCAUCAUCGCGAAGGCGGUGAACGUGCCGCAAAUGGCAACGGGCAUCGCUAAAAUCACCACAUUUGUCACGCAAAAACAAGACGAACAGUUGACGAGCUCGACAGACGGCACUCUCUCCGGCUCGCUGAUCUCGUCCGCUGUCAGCGACAGCACCAUGUCUUCUAGCAGCUCGAUGACAGAGGAGGCACAACAAGAUCAGAGGAACAUGCAUUCGCAAUUAUUCGACAAUAUGACUGACAAUCUUAAUACUGGCAUUGACGACGAACAAAAGCUGUUGGAACAACGUUUGUUGGAGCAGCAACGUCAGUCUGAAGAGGAUAGCCGUUGGCUCGCGAGAGAAGAGAAACGUUUAUCGAUUGCAACGAGUGGUGAUGAAAGUGCUAGUCCCCCAGUUCCACGAUCCGUUACUCAAUCGCCAAGUCACGAACCGCACUCUGCCAAUACUGGCUCUCUCGGCUCGGACAAAGGGUCCGAUAAAGUAAUUGUAGUAAAGGUACAUCACAAAAUGGAACCGACACCCACUGCAGAUUUAGACAGGACUAAUGACAAAGUAUACGACUGUACGACAAGCGUCGUUCGUGCAGUUAUGUCACUAUCACAAGGUGUUCAACAGAGCAAGGCUGAUCAGUAUUUAGAAUUAGUACGUAGAGUAGGUAUCGAAUUAAAAGCACUACUGUCCUCGGUGGAUAUUCUCGUAGAGAUAUUGCCAAUAUCCGCACACCGCGAGGUAGAAAUGGCGCACAAAGUAUUAAGUAAAGAUAUGGCGGAACUGGUGGCUGCUAUGAAACUGGCGCAAAAUUACAGUGCCACCACAUUGGACGCCGAGUACCGAAAGGGAAUGCUAUCUGCAGCUCACAUUUUAGCGAUGAACGCAAAGAAUCUCUUAGACGUGAUUGACUCUAUCCGUAUCCGUUACCCGUACGUGGACAGUCAGAUUUGCCAGAAGCAGUGCGACGUUGUUAACAGAACGCGAGAAUCGACGCCCGAGAAUCGCAUUCGGUCAAGUCAGUCCGGCGAGCAAUUUCUACGAAGAAGUCAAUCGAGUGAACGACAGGGGACAACCUUCCGACAAAGCCAAAGUGGUGACCUGUUGCACAGAAUGGGUCAGUCCGUGGACCGAUCUUCACCGGGAAGUCAGUCUGACGUCAAUUCCAGUAGCAGCUUAGAAAGAAAACACAACAUGGUAACGAAUAGCCUUGAACGUAACUCAACAACGAGGCGACAAAUGGCCACUAAUAGCUUAGAGAGAAAGAGACCUUCAUUGACGUGUAACGCCGGGCCUAUGAAUAAUUCCGUUAAUUUGCCGCCCAUGGUGCCAGUCAGUUGCAAUUUGGUUCAGACUGCGAGUCCCGUCAUACAUCCGAGCCAAUCGGUUACUACGGGUGUUAACCAGCAAGCGGUAUUCGCAGCCAACAGUAAAACUGCAAACGAGACUCCGAUAAAUGACAGCUAACGAGGUGCCUUGAACUGAGGACUACUUCGGAUGAUUGCUUAGUAUGUAUAUAAAUAGACGACAUCCUACCAAGUUACCCGUGUACACACCUACACGAAUACUUCAACGACGGGAGAUCUAGUAUUUGUGCUUUUUAGCUCUUUUUGACAUUUAAAUAUGCAGGCAUUUUAUCUAAGCGUACUUAUAAAUAAGACAGUAUUCAUUAGUUGUAGUAGCGGUAGGAAGUUUAUAUCGGAGAGGAACCUGAGAGCGGCCACGCUGCCGUUUACGCCCAUAUUUUUGCAUUGAGAAAUUUGAGAAAUACAACACCGAAUGUGAACUUACAUUCCAUUUAACAUGCACAUGAUCUUUUGUCAUUAUGAAAUCAUGUGCAUGUGCAUGUUAAAUGGAAUGUAAGUUCACAUUCGGUGCUGUAUUUCUCAAAUUUCUUAAUGCAAAACUAUGGGCGUAAACGGCGGCGUGGCCACUCUCAGGUUAUAUCACUAGAGGAUUUAUAAGUCACAGCUAUAAUGAAAUCACAACUCCAAAGCAUUAGGAUUAUCGUUACUAUUUGUUACAUGAUAACGCUGCGUGCACGAGGUGACGCAAAGUUACGUUUUGCUACAAACAUAGGUGUACGGUACUAAAUUAACAUCGGGAUCAUAUUAUAUUAAUGGUAAAAAGAUUUCUCAAGAUUUAUUCAUGAUUCACGUCUAGGCGCGUAACAUUGCGAGUUAAGCUAACGCUUGAAGAAUCUGUUAAUUUUAUUUGUGUCAUCUCGUAUCGAUUGACAAUGUACAAUGUACACACGCAUGCGAACCAUAUCUGAUGCGCGUGUGUGUAUGCAUUUAUAUAAAUAUAUAUAUAUAUAUAUUUAAGCAAGUAACUCUCUCUCUUCGAUCGAUAUAUUGCGCGAGAAUAAUUUCUUAGGGCAUAAUCUUACAACGUUGUUUUUAACGCAAGUUCGUAAUUUCAUAGUCUAUUACCUACCUGUAGGUAUACUAUGGGCAGUGAUUGUAAUGUAAAAAGAGGGACUGAAUGUUAUUUCUAUUAGAUAAUUAUUUAAUGAUUCAUACCGAUUUACGACAUUUAUAUAUGAAAUGUUUUAUAAAAGGCAAAAACCAUUUUUCAGCGUACAAGUCAGUUCCUACGAGAUAUUUUUAGGAAAUUCCAUCUUUGCAUAAGAAUACUAUUAAUAGCUCAUCAACGCAGUUUGUAAUGAAAUGUGCAUACGUAUGGUGCAUUUACAAAAUCCGCAAUCGCGUUUUCUACAGUUUUGAAAAAAUUGGGAUUUCCAUUUCUGCGCAUAUCCCUUUUACGUUCCUGGGGAAAUGUUCUUCAUAUUAUCCUAAUAAUUAUUCUAAUUAUUCUAUUAAUACUUGUAACCUUGUUACGAUUGGCAUGAACACGAGAUCUCCGUAGUUUGUGAAUUGUAAAUUUCAUAUCUUACGUGAUAUGUGGCUUUAAAGAUGUGCCAAGAUGUGCUUAUCUGAUUGAAAGAAAAUAUAAUGUUUAUGUGCUGUAAAUUUCCUGAUAUAAGAAUUGCUAUCCCAGGAGCUCAUAAAGAAUGUUUAUAAUUAUCGACAGCACUUUUUCAUAGAAAACACAAGACAUUUCUUUGACUUAUGUUCACAACAACAUGUAUUAUACAUUUAAUUGAUAUUUGCUAUAUUUGAAAAAAAUGUUGUUAAUUAAAUUAAUGUCGAUUUAAUUAAUAUAUCUUUUAAUAUAAUAAUUUUAUAUAUAUAUUCUUUUUUAAAAAGCAUUUAUUGCAUAUUUGGUGCAUAUGUUAAAUUGAAAAUUAUUUAUGGUGAUCUGUUCUUUUCAAGAAAGUUGUAUUGGUGCAAGUUUCAAAUGCUUCUUUUGAUAAAGAAGUAUUAGUCAUGCUAGAAAUAUGAAAAUCAGUAAAACUAUUUCUUUACAUAUAAAUCUUAUGCGUGCUCCAAUUUCGUUUUUGUAUAAAAAUAUUUAUUUAUAUAGAUUUUGGACUUUUUUAUAAUUUCUUAAUAUUUUCACUGCACACAUGCAUGUUUAUACAAAUUUUAUUAUUUGACAUGUAAUCCACCGCACUUUUGAAAGAUGUUACAUUUUAUUGUAUAUAUUAAUGAUAUCUAAUAUUAACAAAACCUCUUAUUCCAUUCGAUUAAAUAAAAUAUCGUUCUUGUAUAAGAGUACAUUUUACGAUCUUUAAAGUAAAAUGCUUUUAUAUGAAAAUGGCAAUUUCAUAAUCAAUGGAAUAACGUAAGAAAGUUAAUUAUGGCCAUUAAAAUUGUAAUAAUUAUUGCCUAAUAUUCCAACAUUUUGGUAAAUGAGCGGUGAUAUAAUAACGAUAUACCACCCCAAUAAUAUCGCUAUUACGUCAGUUAAGUAAAGGAUCGUAAAAAUAAAUCAUAUGUAAUCUCAUUUGAUCUUUAUAAAAAUAUUUAUAAAUUGUGUAAAUGUAACUAUGUAUCAUGUUCACAAGCAAAAUAAACUGCGCGUAUGAUUUCAGCA